AUGGAACCGGAGCCCAUCGAACCCGAACAUCUGUGUUUUAUAGACAAACACACCGGUAAAGUCACCUUUUUUCCUCUGAAGCCUCUUCGCCUCAUCAACAUAGAAGGAUACGGACGAGGGAGAGUACUACUGCCUCUUCAUUCUCUGAAACAAAAAGAAGAAGAAGGAGGACAUGACGAUGUUGAUGGUGAUGGUGAUGAUGAAGCUACAAAGUUUCAACUGGUUCGUCUUCUCUCAGAAAUUUCUUCAAGAACUGAAAGAGAAGAACCUCAACCAGUGGAAGAUACGGAGAUGUUAGAAAGUUUCGAUGAAGACAACAUAGAACUCCAGCGGGAUCUCUUAAACUUCUAUUCCAAAGGAAAAACAGAGAUCAUAAUAAACGGUGAAGAUGAUUCCAAGAAAACCCUAGAUGUGAAAAAGAAAGGGACGGCUAGGUCAUGUACAUUGGACAGUAGUACUUUCAGAACCAUCUCUUCAAUAAGAAGUUACGAAAGGGGUGAGUCUUCUUGGACCUCUUGUGUAAUUUGCACUGAUGAAAAACCCACCGGAACAAUGAUAGCAAACAAUGAGUGCGAUCACUUCUUUUGCAAGGACUGUAUAACCAUGUAUAUCGCUGAAAAGCUACAACAAGAAGAUAUUCAAGCCGACAUGAAAUGUCCCCAAUCAAAGUGCAAGGAGUUCUUGGAACGAAGAUUCGUUCUGCAAUUUGUUCCAGAAGAAAUGAAGGAUCAAUGGAGGAGUGCAAUUCGCGAAGCUUCCGCUCUGGCAUCACAGAGAGUAAUUUACUGCCCUUUUGAGCACUGUCAAGGUAUGUUCUUCGACGAUGGAAGGGGCUUCUUGAUCAGAGCGUGCCCGAAUUGCUGGAAAAUCUUCUGCGUUCAGUGUAGGGUUUCAUGGCAUAUGGGUUUAAACUGUGAGACAUUUCAACUUCACUUGAGACGACAACAACGCCACAUGGAAAGAUGGUACGAUCAAUUUGCUGCUGGUUUCUUAACGAAGCACAAGAUUGUAUAG